AUGUGUGCCACUGCUGCUCCGCCCGCGCGGAUUGGAGUUUCUGGAGGAUAUCAUCGCAGAAGACGAGAGGUGGAUGCCUAUGAUACCGAUAGUCUACGUGCUUACUGGCUUCCUACUCAUAAGCGAAUCAGCACCAACGGAAAGUUCUCCUCUGCUGCUCCUGGGUGUUGUGACGGGAACUGCUGUCGAGGACCUUACGGUCAACGCGAAGGUCUUCACGCGACAUCUCCGUUUGUGGGCGCUGCCAUUCGAGAAGAGCGAUCGAAACGUGCCGCUGUUCACCUCAUCCACGACAAAGCGCGUCCGCACGUCGUUUCCGCAACUGGCAACUAA